AUGCUCCCUGUCGUCCUGGUCACAUCUCUGCUGGCCAGCGUCGCGUUUGCGGCGCCCAGCCAGCCAGUCACUAAGGCAUACGACUAUAUCGUUGUUGGAGGUGGCACAGCCGGCCUCGCUCUCUCAACGCGCCUCAGUCUCGGUCUGCCCAAUGCGACGGUACUUGUCAUCGAAGCGGGCGAGGCAGGUCUCGGCGACGAGCGAAUCGAGAUUCCCGGCCGUAGAGGCUCGACCUUCAACUCAAAGUACGACUGGAACCUGACCACCGUCCCUCAAGAGGGUUCCAACGGACGCGUUUGGGUCCAGACCAGAGGCCAUGUUCUUGGUGGUAGCUCAGCGCUUAACCUCUUCUCAUACGACCGAGCGUCCGCUCAUGAAUAUGACGGAUGGGAAGAGUUGGGAAACCCUGGUUGGAACUGGGAUUCCAUGCGUGCCGCCAUGAUGAAGUCGGAAAACUUCACCUCGGCUAACACGCAGUACUACACCGGAAACGAGGGCGUCGGAGACUCAGGUCCCAUCAAAGCCUUGAUCAACCGACUCAUCCCUGAGCACCAGGCUGGACUGAUUCCGGUCAUGAACAGUCUUGGUAUUGAAACCAACCUGGAAUCUUUGAACGGCAAUCCUCUCGGAGUUCUUUAUUCCCCGAACAGUAUCGAGCCAGAGCACUACAACCGGUCCUACAGCGCCAACGCUUACCUUCCCUUGGCAGGAGGUAACCACUACGUGUUGACCGAGUCUAAAGUAGCCAAGGUCAACCUCGAGACCGCCACAGAUGAUAUUCAGCGUGCGACUGGCGUUACGCUUAUUGAUGGCACUGUUCUGACUGCCCGUCGUGAGGUUAUUGUCUCUGCGGGUGGUCUUCUCAGCCCGUCGAUUCUCGAGAACUCGGGCAUUGGCAACGCUGAGGUUCUGUCUUCCGCUGGUAUCAAGCAGAUCAUCGAUCUUCCCGGAGUCGGCGAGAACCUUCAAGACCACAUUCGAAUCCAGAGUUCAUACGAGCUCACCAAGAACUACACCGGAUACGACCGCCUCAAGUAUGACACCACUUACGCUGCCGAACAGCUACAGCUCUGGUGGGAAGGCAAGACGUCACAAUAUGGAUAUUCCGGCAGUGGAUACACGUUCACGAACUGGAACCAGGCACUUGGUGACGACGGCGAGGGUGACCUUCUCGUGCUUGCUCACGAGGCCGUCGGUGCUUCAGACCAUCCCGUCGAGAAGAAGAAGUUGCAAUGGCUCAACGAUACCUCUGUGCCGCAACUGGAGAUCCUCUUCAGUGAUGGCUAUACCGGCGUCAAGGGCUACCCGACACAAGGAAGCGAAGGGUACGGAAAGGAUUACGUGACUCUCAUCGCGGCCAUUAUGCACCCUCUCAGCCGUGGAAACGUUCACGUCAACCCGGCCGACCCUCUUGGACCUCCUCUAAUCGACCCCAAAUAUCUUUCCCAUGAGUACGACCUGCAGGCUGCAAUUCAGGCUGUCAAGAAGUGCCGCCAGGUUGCGCUCACCGAGCCUUUGAGAUCGACCUGGGUCUCUGAGUACGAGCCUGGCCUGAACAUCACGACCGAUGCGCAGUGGAGGGACUUUGCCUUGAAGACCACCUUGUCCAUCUAUCAUCCUGUCGGCUCCUGCGCCAUGCUUCCAAAGGAAGACGGUGGCGUCGUGGAUCCUACCUUGAAAGUCUAUGGGACCAGCAAUCUCAGAGUUGUUGAUGCUAGCAUCAUGCCUGUCUUGAUCUCAGCACACAUCCAAACUGCCGUGUAUGGCAUUGCAGAGAGAGCAGCAGAGAUCAUCACCGAGGAAGCUUCCAAAUGA